CGGUGUUUUCCCUCGAAUGGAGACUUGAGGGACGAACACCUUCGGCGCAGUCGUCAGCACACUACCAAUUUCUCGUCUUCAACCGCGAUAGACAACUACCAGCUCAUCCACUUUCAAUCGUAUAAGUCGCGAUUAUCAUCGUCGCGAACCAUCCACCCCCUCAUUCGCUGUCGCUAUGAACAAAAAUUGGAACGACAGGGCCGACAAGGACCUUUUCUUCACCAUCCUCUCCGUCAAGAACAUUGGCGUCAUCAGCGGCUCGGAAUGGACCACCAUCGGCAACCACAUGCGCACCCUGGGCUAUGGCUUUACAAACGAGGGCUGUCGGCAACACUUUCAAGGUCUUCGCCGUGCCCAACACAAAGCUGAGACCAACGGGGGCAGUCCGGACAACCCUCGGAAGCUUGAUCCCACCACAAACCCGAUUACCCGUCGUCCUGGACCAGGUCGCGGAAGGCCCAAGAAACAGCCUCAACAGCCUGUCCCAAUGCAGCUUCCUGCUCUUUCUAACCAGCCCAGCCAAGUCGCUCAGCCCGGUCAAGUUGUCCAGCCCGGUCAAGUCGUCCAGCCCGGCGAAGUCGUUCAACCCAGCCAAGUCAUUCAGCCAGGCCAUCCCGGUCAGCUUGGACCUGACCAAGGACUUCAAGCCGACCAACCUGCCCAACCUGAACAUCAACCCGACCACCAGCAUGAUCAUCAGCCUGACCUCCAUCAGCCCGAUUCCCAUCAGUUGGACCACCAGCCCGACCAUAGUCAGUCCAUUCAAAACGAUCAAUCACAUCAACAACCAUCUGUAAUAUCCGAUGAUCUCGGUGCUUUGCCGGAAUCCUUGGAUCUUCCUCUCAAGGAGGACUCUCUCGACAUAUCCCUCAAGGAAGACAACGAUGACGAGCAGGACGGCCACGAUGCUAAGAGAAUCAAGCUCGAUAACCCCCCUCAGGAUCCUUCCCUUGUUGAUGAUGAAGCCGUAUUAGCUUUGGCCGCCCACAGUGAGGCUCCUUCCGUCGAUGGCUAUGCUUCCGAGUAUCCAACAGCUGGUCUAACGGGGACGGACCCGCACAGCUUUACCUACAAUGGCGAGACAUAGGAUAGAAACCUGGCACUUGAGAUGGCUGCUAGCGUGGUCCAGAGCUCGGGCAGUGGCAGUUGUAUGGCUCAAGACUUGCUUUCAGAUCAACGGUGUCAGGCGGAUUAAUAUUGCUACCUAGAACCAGUUUUCUCCGGUCAAGGCGUUGUGCAU